ACAUACGACGCAAUAGAUUUUUAUUCUUGCUUUCAAAAAUUUGACAUGUACGGUUACAUGCGGUGCGUAAAAGGAGCGAUGAUUUACGUAUCAGCCUAUUAUUACAUUUAUCACGGAAUCAGACAGUACAACAAGUGGCCGGAGCUGAUGGACAGAUUGAAAGAAAUAGAUCGGAAGAUCAAGAAGGAAAUAUCCAUAAAUGACAAGUCUAUGAAAAUUGUCGUGGCGCUAGCAGUUUUUGCGACCAUUUUCUAUAUGAGCAUUCCCGUUGUGUAUUAUAUCAUUGAAUAUCGUAAAUUGAUAGAUUUCCUGUUCUUCUUAACGUUUCAUGAUGUGAUAUUAGUUCAAUUGUUGUUUAAUAAUUUUGUCUUCGUCAUUGUCGUCUAUGUGUUAUAUUGCAGAUUUAAAACGAUAAAUAAAUUAUUAAGCCAAUUGGAUAAGUUAUCCGAUGCAUUCAAGAUUAGACACAUAAGGAAAUUGCAUAACGAUAUUUAUGAUCUCGUCAGCAAAGUGAACGAUAUUUACAGUCUUCAUCUCCUCUUCUACACGGCGAAUUCUUUCACCAUGGCUGUAGCUUCACUAUUCCAAUUUUACUACUUUUUCAACAGAGAGAUGACCGAUUACCUGGAUUUAAUGCUACAGAAUUUCCUUUGCAUUGUGUUCGUCACGCAAUUCUAUUUGAUUUGUUGGACAUGCACACUCGUGCAUAAAGAAUACAAUAGAACCGAGAGAAUCGUAUACGAAAUGAUUUUGAAAUGCAAAUCUGCGAAUCUUGAUAAGCACGAGGCAAGUAAUCUAUCGAGUCUAGAAGUGCAACCUCCACUCGAAGAUGUGGACGACGAGCAAAGUUUCAAUCAAAGCAUCAGUCACAAUCCGAGUUUUGUCGAUGUGGAAAAUUCUUUGCGUAGAAAUCUGAAUCGAGAGCUCGUCAUAGAAGAGAUCAGUGUUUUCUCGCUUCAUCUGCAGCAGUAUCGAGUAGCAUUUACGGCCUGCAAUCUCUUCGAAAUAAAUAAUGCCUUGUUCAAACGUUUAGUCGAGUUGUUCAUCACUUAUCUAAUAAUCCUCAGUGAAACUAACCAACAAUCUGAUGAAGAUUUUCGCGAACAAUUUGAUGAAGAUCUUUGCGAACUACGAAAGGAUAUUAUGGAAAUAAAAAAGGAAAUUGGAAUGUUUUUGAAUGAAAACCAAACAGACUCGCAGAAUUAACAGAUACGUUGACAAGAUUGAUGUGGCAAUUCCGAUUAAAUUGAUUGAUAUGAAGUAAAUUGAUUCUAAUGAAGUUUAACUUUUUCAACCCUAGAAUGCAAUUUACGAUAGAAAUACAGGUUGACAAGAUAGACUUUUUAAAUAUUACCAUCAAUUAUCAAAAAUAACAUUUUUUUAAAUUUUUGUUUGUUAUAAGCAGUUAAAAACUUACAUGUUUACUCAGAUAUCUUAAUUUUCUAUUAUCUCAUCUCUGUCACAAGAAAAAGGUCACAGUAAAAUGGAUGGUUGACAGAGUAUUAUUACCAUCAACUUCGAAAUUUUGUAAAAAGAUUAUAAGAACAUUGCGUUUAUUAUUGAUAUUCUUUUAACUAAUGACUACUUUGCCAAAUUUAUUUUUGAGAUCAUAAAUACUCGCCUGAAAAAAUCGUUAAUUUAUAAGCACACACUUAAAUGAAUAAAUAGCAGUAUGAGUAAUACUAAAGAAGGGUUGCCUUGGUUUUUGUUAUCAUACAUUCCCAUAAUUUCUAACAAAUUUAAGACCAUUAAAAAUAAUUUGAAUGUGAAGUAGACCUUUUCUUAAUAAGUUAAGCAAAGUUAUUAAAACAAAGUUAUUAAAAUUAUUAGAAGGACGGUCUCCUAAGAAAGUUGAAGGAAAAUGUGGUUUACAAAAUUACAUGUAAAAAUAACAAUAUCAUAUGUAGAUUACAAACCUGUUGGAAAUUAAAAACGAGAAUUACCAAACAUGCAACCGUAUUAAUUGCAAUACCGCUAAUCAUUCUGUAAUUAUUCAACACAGAAUAAAAAAUGUAAUGAGACAGCAUCCAAGUUAUAUUAUUCUAGUCUUAAGAGUUUUUUCUAUUUAAAAAUAAAAUAUUCUUUUUUUAAGAUUAAUGGGAUCUCCUAUAAAUAACCUAGUUAAGCAAGACUCCGAGCCUUAAAAAAUAUUGGAGUUUCUCUACCUUUUUACUUUAAAGGGAUUCUAAAGUCGUCUUUUUUUACCGACCGAACAUUAAUUUUCGGGCAUGCCGUUCUUCUAAUUGCAUUUACAGAUUUAAAAAUCCUUUUCCACAAUUAAA